GUGCUGGGCGCUUCUGUCUUCUCCUCUUCUUCUCUCAGGACAGGAGGAGCGGCAGCGGCAGGCUUCAUUCAUCCGAUCUCUCCUCUCACCUCACCUCACCUCACCUCACCUCACGCUCUCUCCCUCCCCCGAUCACUCCCCUCCCUCCUCACCUCCAGCUCACACACCCACCGCCCCACACUUCCCACUCAAAUCCAGGGCCACGCCAUCGCACGCAGAUCCACAGCCUCCCCGAUCCGGUCGCCUCCGCACACGCCCGAUCGGAUCCCGCAGGGUUUGUGCCCGCCGCGAGUUAGAUGGUUUGCGAUGGUGCCGUGAAGGACCAGGACCAGGAGACCGCGGCGGCGAGCACUGCGUCAGCGGCAUCGGUGGUGGCGGCGUCGGAGGCGUCUCCCGCGCCGGUCGUGGUGGUGGUCAGCGCAAGGCCCUCGGCGAGGUCGUCGCCGCACGAUAAGCGCCUCGGCGUGCGCCACCCCUUGAAGCACCGCCGGUUCCGUGCCGGGGGGAAGAUGAUGGUGGAGCCCGGAGGGGUGCCGCCCGCUCACGCCGUGCCGGAAGGCGAGGAGGAGGAAGAGGAAGAGGAGGAGGGAGCCAGCGAGGUGGAAGAGGAGGAGUUGGUGGAGGCAGAGGCGGAGCAGGCCUCGUCCGCAGGGACGGCGAUGCGGGGCACUGAAGUGGAGGUAUCGUCCGCGCCGGCGGCAGGGGUACAGGAGAUGGAGGUGGAGGUCGAGGGCGGAGAAAUGGAGGUGAAGUAUGGAGAAAUGGAGGUGUCGCCAGAGCCUGCGGUCGCUGUUGGGGGAACCGAGUUGGAGGCCCAUCCGGACGAGGAGGACGAGGUCUCGUCCAUUUCUGUGGCACGAGGGGAGAAGAAGCAGGAGGCCGCCUCUCCUCCUCCUGCCGCUUCUGCCGUUCUAGCUGUGGAGGCGCCCAGGGAGAUGGGUCAAUAUGGGGAGAGGGCGGAGAAGGAGAGGAGGGACAAGGAGAGGGAGAGGCAGAAGGAGCGGGAGAGGGUGGAUGAGGUCGGCUACAUGAGCGGUGGAUGGAAGAGUGUUGAUGGAACGCUGAAUUGUGGAUAUUCAAGUUUUAGAGGAAAAAGGGCAAGCAUGGAAGAUUUCUAUGAUAUAAAAUCAUCUAAAAUUGAUGAUAAACAAAUUAAUCUCUUCGGAAUUUUCGAUGGUCAUGGUGGUUCACGUGCUGCUGAGUAUUUGAAGGAGCACUUGUUUGAGAACCUCAUGAAACAUCCGGAGUUCAUGACAAACACAAAAUUAGCAAUAAGUGAAACGUAUAGGAAGACCGAUUCAGAGUUUUUGGAUGCUGAAAGGAAUACUCAUAGAGAUGAUGGGUCAACAGCAUCAACAGCAGUGUUGGUUGGUGACCAUCUUUACGUGGCAAAUGUUGGAGACUCAAGGGCUGUUAUAUCAAAGGCUGGCAAAGCGAUUGCGCUCUCUGAAGAUCACAAGCCGAACAGAAGUGAUGAGAGAAAACGAAUUGAGAGUGCUGGUGGGAUAGUUAUGUGGGCUGGAACUUGGAGGGUAGGUGGCGUACUUGCGAUGUCUCGGGCAUUUGGCAAUCGUCUCUUAAAACAAUUUGUUAUUGCAGACCCUGAGAUUCAGGAACAAGAAAUAAAUGAUGAGUUGGAGUUUCUAAUUAUAGCUAGUGAUGGGCUGUGGGAUGUGGUUCCGAAUGAGGACGCCGUUACACUUGUGAAGAUGGAGGAGGAACCUGAGGCAGCAGCCCGGAAGCUGACAGAGACGGCUUUCUCCCGUGGGAGCGGUGAUAACAUCACGUGCAUCGUGGUGAAGUUCCAGCAUGACAAGCCAGGUAGCAGCGGCGGCGGCGAUCCCCCCUCUUCGCCUCCAGGCGACAAGAGUUGAUUCCAUUUGUUGUUGGUUAUACGUGUUGUUGGGGUCCUUUUAACCUGAGCCGGAUUUUGCUGGCCCCAUCCAUGGUGGCCCCCGCGGCUGGUACUUAAGAAAGGAGUUGGUUCAUGUUCGUUGCCUGUCUAUAUAUGCCCUUAAUUUUGGUUCUCCGGUCAGUAGGGUUACCGGUGGCGGUGCUGCCCAUUUGCAUGUUUAUCGUCUGUUCAUCAUCCUAUGCGGCAUUGCUGUAGACUUUGUAGUUGCUGCUGUAUCAAUGAGAGUUGAUUCUGUGAGGUGCA